AUGAAUUCCCCAAAACUUCUAUUCUAUUUUAAAUUUAUUAUUAGUACUUAACUCACAAAAUUAACAAGUCUUUCAAGAUAGAAAAUAACACCUUUUUGGGAGAUAUUGUAGGCCUUAUUUUUGAGGAACACUUGCGAAUUGCUUCUUAAAUAUAUGAAUCUUCUUUAUAUUAGAAAUUAGACCUCCUUAGUAUGCUAAAUAACGACCAUAUUAGUACGUAUUAGGUCUAAGAGUGUUGUUAAAAAUUGUAUAAUUCAAGAAACCAACUAAAAUAGAAGAUCACUUUUUUAAGUAAGCUUAAUCCAAAUAAUCUAUAACUGA